GGGGGGAGGAAGAGAAUAUCUCUGCUGCACCCGCACUAUCGGGAAGCCUGUGGCCCCGGGACCCUUUUCGUUCAUACCGAAACCCCGGAGGCCGGAGCGCCCUAAAUUGAGCGGGGGAGCACCUGCAGCACUGGCUCUCUGAGCCCCGCGGGGGGGCUGGGGAGGUAGGCUCCGCCUCUAGGAGCAGGGCGGGGCAAACCAGACCAGGAACAGGCAGCGCAGAGGCCUCUGGGAAGCAGGAAGUGAGGUUCGCUCCGCGUCUUCUCUCCUCUUCUUCCAAAUAUUUUCCCGCCUUGGCCCCACAGCCGGCUGUGGAACUCCCUCCGCACCGCGUCUGAAGCCUCGGGAGCCUGGAGUGCCAGGGAUGACCUUUGAGAGGGACAGACUCCCAGCCCAGGAGGCAGUGACAUUCAAGGAUGUGGCUGUGGACUUCACAUGGGAGGAGUGGCGCCUCUUGUCCCCUCCCCAGAAGUUGCUGUACAAGGAGGUGAUGCUGGAGAAUGCCCGGAACCUGCUCUCUGUGGAAGUAGAGAUAAGACCUGAAUUGAAGGCGAAUCCAACAGAGGUGAGCCUUCCUAUGGAAGAAAUGGACCUACAAAGAUUCAUGAGUUAUGGUCCUGAUAAUUUUACUUUCAGAGAAUUCUGUGUUGUGCCUCAAAAUUCAUCUCAUAUUGAACAUCAAAGAAUACACACUCAAGAAAAAUCUAAUGAAAGUAAUCAGUGCAGGAAGACUUUUAUGCUCAGGACCAAUCUUGCUGGACAUCAGAGAAUCCAUACUGGUGAGAGACCUUAUGAAUGCAAGGAAUGUGGAAAGACAUACAGACUGAGCUCCAGUCUUGCUGUACACCAGCGAAUCCACACUGAUGAGAAACCUUAUAAAUGCAAUCAAUGUGGAAAGACAUUUAAUUGGAGCUCCCAUCUUGCUGUACAUCAGAGAGUCCACACUGGGGAGAAACCUUAUGAAUGCAAGCAGUGUGGAAAGACAUUCAAAGAAAGGUCCAAACUUGCUGUACAUCAGAGAAUCCACACAGGUGAGAAACCUUAUGAAUGCAAGCAAUGUGGAAAGACAUUCAGUCGGAGCUCCCAUCUUGCUGUACAUCAGAGAGUCCACACUGGGGAGAAACCUUAUGAAUGCAAGCAGUGUGGAAAGACAUUCAAAGAAAGGUCCAAACUUGUUGUACAUCAGAGAAUCCAUACUGGUGAGAGACCUUAUGAAUGCAAGGAAUGUGGAAAGACAUACAGACUGAGCUCCAGUUUUGCUGUACACCAGCGAAUCCACACUGAUGAGAAACCUUAUAAAUGCAAUCAAUGUGGAAAGACAUUUAAUUGGAGCUCCAAUCUUGCUGUACAUCAGAGAGUCCACACUGGGGAGAAACCUUAUGAAUGCAAGCAGUGUGGAAAGACAUUCAAAGAAAGGUCCAAACUUGUUGUACAUCAGAGAAUCCAUACUGGUGAGAGACUUUAUGAAUGCAAGCAGUGUGGAGAGACAUUCAGUCGGAGUUCCCAUCUUGCUGUACAUCAGAGAGUCCACACUGGGGAGAAACCUUAUGAAUGCAAGCAGUGUGGAAAGACAUUCAUUCAGAGCUCCAAUCUUGCUGUACAUCAGAGAAUCCACACAGGUGAGAAACCUUACGAAUGCAAGCAAUGUGGAAAGACAUUCAGUCGGAGCUCCCAUCUUGCUGUACAUCAGAGAGUCCACACUGGGGAGAAACCUUAUGAAUGCAAGCAGUGUGGAAAGACAUUCAAAGAAAGGUCCAAACUUGUUGUACAUCAGAGAAUCCAUACUGGUGAGAGACCUUAUGAAUGCAAGCAGUGUGGAGAGACAUUCAGUCGGAGCUAUAGUCUUGCUGAGCAUCAGAGAAUACACACUGGGGAGAAACCUUAUGAAUGCAAGCAGUGUGGAAAGACAUUCAUUCAGAGCUCCAAUCUUGCUGUACAUCAGAGAAUCCACACAGGUGAGAAACCUUAUGAAUGCAAGCAAUGUGGAAAGACAUUCAGUCGGAGCUCCCAUCUUGCUGUACAUCAGAGAGUCCACACUGGGGAGAAACCUUAUGAAUGCAAGCAGUGUGGAAAGACAUUCAAAGAAAAGUCCAAACUUGCUGUACAUCAGAGAGUCCAUAAUGGGGAGAAACCUUAUGAAUGUAAGCAGUGUGGAAAGGCAUUCAGUCAGAGCUGCUCUCUUGCUAUACAUCACAGAAUCCAUACUGGUGAGAAACCUUAUGAAUGCAAACAGUGUGGAAAGGCAUUCAGUCAGAACUCUCAUCUUGCUGUACAUCAGAGAAUCCACACUGGGUAGGAACCUUAAGAAUACAAGCUAUGUGAGAAAAUGUUCAUAUGAAGCUCCAGUCUUGCUAUUGUGUGAAGGAAAUUUACUCUCCCUCUUUCUGGGGUAGCAUACUUGGUGUGAGCCUGAACUUGACUCAGUCAAGGAUUGCAUGAUGGAAAUCAUUGAGUGAGGAUAGAAUGGAAGCAGAAAAAAAACAGCAGUGGAGUAAAGAGAUCACAAGAAAAGAGCAGUGUGAUGUCCCUUGCAUUGCUCCAUGGACUGACCCCCUGGGAAGCCCAGGCAAAAUAGAAAGCCAUGGUUGGCUCCUGAAAUGAGAUUUGUGAGUUAGUGGGCAGAAAAAAGGCUUUAUAAACUGAAGAAAGAGCAGAUAUCCAAGCUCUUUCAGUCUUGUGGUUGACUGGAAUUGCCUGUGAACAUGGCUAGGGCACUCUAAUGGUGGGCACAGAAUAGAAAGCUAAAUGGAGCAGUGAGGAAAGUAUCUCUCUUCUAUUUUUCCAUGUUUUCCCCCUGCUACCUUAGAUAAAAGUAAUUUAGGACCAGUCUUAUAAUUUUCCCUCUUAUGCUAUACAUCACAAAAACCACCGACAUUCACAAUGAGCUCUCGUAAGGUUAGGUCCAAAUGGGCAUGUGAUAUUUAGACCUAAAGUGUGCUCCCAUAAGAAAAUUAAGGGAGUUUAGAAUAGUUUAGCUUUCAGAUCAAUUUAUUGAUAAGGGAAGAAUUGGCAUCUGCAUAUAAAGAGGAGUUAAUUUAAGAAGGAAAUGAUAUCUUUGCUCUAUAGAAAUCAUUUGUAAUUAGCAUCAUUUCUUAUAUAAUGUUUCCCAAAAAUUCCUAUAAAGCAAAAAUUAAAAGAUAACAAAUGAUAUCGUGGAUUUCAAAUACGAAAUAAAUAACCGACUUUCCAAUGA